AUGGCGGAAGUGCAUGAAGAUUCAGCUUAUACCAACCCAGAGGUGACGAUCAGGAUGUGCGAGCCGUACACGAAUUGGAAUACGAUCAGAGAAAACAAGUCUAAACUGAGGGAUCAAUACGGGCUGGAGGGUAAUAUGUUGUUCACCAACUUAGUCUCCAUGAAUAUAUUCACCAAUAUGGAAGAGACGGUCAUCAAUAAUAUAAAGGAUCAGCAUGACCGCUUUGAUGUGAUCUUUCCUAUCCUGUACAGCAAAGAUCCCAUGGCAUACCAACCCCUCUUCCUCGCCGCACUCAACAAUGUAAACCCUAGAGCAGCAGAUUACUUGCAGGGUCUUCUCCUUUCGCAGGACCGCACAACCCCCAAAAGUGGCACUCUGUAUGACGUCAGACGGGUGAAAGACAUAUUGAAUGACCCGAACACCAUCGUCAAUAUCGACCACUUCCUCGACAUUCUUUCAUUGAAAAGGGUCUUGUCUGUAGUAGAAGAAAGAGAGAUUAAGAGGCGAUCUUCCUACAAGGGAAAGAUAGAUGCCUCGUUCGACAUCCUCCUGGCACAGGACACUGCGGAGAUGUAUGAGAAACUCAUUGGAACCCUGAGGGAGAUGGGCCGCAGUGACAUCGUCGAGAAGAUCCAGCAAACCUGA